AUGGACUUCAAUGACACCGUUAUUGAACCAGACAUAGAGAAACUCCUACAAAAUCCGGAUUUCCCAAUUCACUUCGAUGAGUUAGAGCUAGACAGUUUGUUGUAUGGGGACAAUGUAUCACAGGAGUCGAGUCCAUCGUCAUCGUUUGCAUUCAGUGACCAGAGUGCUGGAUUCCGUUCAAGAGACGGUGGAAGUUUGGGCGAUUCUUCUUCGGACAGCUCUCCUCCAUUAAGCUGCGCGAAUUUCACCGAGAAUGACCAAGAGAUGUGGGAUUUUGGAUUCCAGAACCCUGGCCCAUUCGACAACUUGGAACAAAAUUUUAUCCACACACCAAUGCAAGAAGAAAAAGUGUUUGAAGGAUACGCGGAUGACUUUUCUGGUGCACUUCACUACGUUGAGGAAGAACAAAUUGAGAGAAGUCAAAAACCUGCACAAAACAGUCGAGUCAUUUCCUUCGAACCGAAAACACAACCAACCAUCCGCCGUGUAGUAAGCCGACCGCCGAUUCACAAAGUCUACCGUAUCAGGGAUGCUUCUGUCAUUCAACAAUUGCAACAACAUCAACGUCAGCCAUCAUACCGCGUCGUUCAACCAGUGAGUGCCCCACCACGACGACUUUCAAGUAUCCCACCUCGACAGCCACCAAUGAGACAAGUUUUCGCUGACAUGCCAACUCUUGAGAUGCCCGUUCAACCUGAAAGUGGACCGUUGAUAAGAUUGGAGUCAGAUGACGCCCGUUAUGUCCCAAUUGCUCCAACAAGGGAUAUUAAAACCGAGCCACAAGCUUUCACAAGUGAGCAAACCCGUAAGAUCCGCAAUCGCAUCUAUGCCCAGGCCUCCAGAAUCCGGAAGAAGGAAGCUGAGGAGCAUAUGAAGAUGACAAUACAAGAUUUGCUUGCUGAGAAUGAGGUUUUGAGAGCGGAAAAUGCUGCUUUGAAACAACAACUGGGAUAUUAUGAGCCGGAUCCGCCUAUUCGAGAGUACUCGCAACAAAUGGGGAGAACAUUGAAGCAGAAGAAAAUGAUCGCCGCUGGAACGGUACUUAUGAUGUUCGGACUUUUUGCUGUCAUCUCCCCAUUCAACGUCGAGAACAACAUUCGCAUGAAUGCUCCAGUACUGGCUAUCGCUAAUGAAUCUUCAAUUGUAGCACGACAUGGAAGAGUACUCGGAUUGGAUAUAUCGCCACCUGCAGUUAUAAAGCCUCACUACCCCGAACACGACUAUUCCAAUUCUACACAACAUGAUUGCGAAAUGUUCAAACUGAAUGCAACUGAAACUUUGCGAGUCAACAAGGAUAUCGAACGUUGGGUCCAAGUACACUCUUUCGAUAAUGUUCCUGUGAAACACUCUGGCGGAUUGCUGAACAAAGAAGCGAUGCGAAAGUUCAACGAGGCUCAAAAAAAGAAGAUGUCAGCUGUCUUUGGUCCUGAAACUCCUGUUGUGCAGAAGAAGACAGAGCAAGCUGCAUUGAGAUUCAGAGAAAGAACAUGGCGUCAGUUGGAUCGUCUUAAAACACCAGAAAACAUUCCAAUAGUUCACGAGAAGGUGCAAAGAAUCGGCCAAGACAUUGACAAAAUCGCGUCCAUUGUUCGUCAGAAGGGGGAUACACUCUACAUAAUGACAUUGCAAGACUAUGUGCUCUUGCCUUCACUCAAGAAAGGAGCCAACUCCAUUCCAAAGCUGUCGUUGCUUCUGCCAAUGGUACCAAUGAAUGGAACGCUUUUAGAUCAGUACACACUCCUUCGUGUCGAUUGCGAAGUGACAGGCACCGGACAACUGACACUUUCCAACAAGCAACUCUCAUACUUGAUGCCAUAA